GCUACAGAGGACGGACCGUAGAGGUUGUCUGAAGGCCGAGGCCAAGAUGGCGGCGCUGGCGGCUCCCCGCCUGUUGCACCCGAUCCUUGCUGUACGCUCUGGCAUGGGUGCCGCUCUGCAGGUGCGAGGGGUCCAUUCAAGCAUGGCCGCUGACAGCCCGAGCAGGUGAGGCCAGCCUUCCCGAGAGCUACCCCACUAGCCACCCCACCCCCACCGGCUCAGCACUGGCCCAUGGCAACCCUGGGGCCCUCCCACUACCCAGUGGGGCAAUACCAGGAAUCCUUGCCCUCAGAAUCCUGCCCAGCCCCCUCCUGCACAUCCAGGCUGAUGGCUGCACAUGUCCAGACCAGGAGCUUGCUGACAGAGUGUGUCAGCCAAACCUGUUUUCCAGAUAAGGAGACCAAGUCCCUGAGAGGACAAGGUCUCACUGGGACUGCAGCGAGGCAUGUCCUGCCCCAGGCCUGGGCAGCAGGUGGGGGCAGAGGGGGCGCCUGCCUGGCUGACGCCUCCCCAUGCCAUGUGUCCAUGCCCAGCACCCAGCCCGCUGUAUCCCAGGCCAGAGCCGUGGUCCCCAAACCUGCCGCACUUCCCAGCAGCCGGGGCGAGUAUGUGGUGGCCAAGCUGGACGACCUCAUCAACUGGGCGCGCCGGAGCUCACUGUGGCCCAUGACCUUUGGCCUGGCCUGCUGUGCCGUGGAGAUGAUGCACAUGGCAGCUCCCCGCUAUGACAUGGACCGCUUUGGCGUGGUCUUCCGUGCCAGCCCGCGCCAGUCCGAUGUGAUGAUAGUGGCUGGGACGCUCACCAACAAGAUGGCCCCUGCGCUCCGCAAGGUCUACGACCAGAUGCCAGAGCCCCGCUAUGUCGUAUCCAUGGGGAGCUGCGCCAACGGAGGUGGCUACUACCACUACUCCUACUCAGUGGUGCGGGGCUGUGACCGCAUUGUUCCAGUGGACAUCUACGUCCCAGGCUGCCCGCCUACGGCCGAGGCCCUGCUCUAUGGCAUUCUGCAGCUGCAGAAGAAGAUCAAACGGGAAAAGAGGUUGCGGAUCUGGUACCGCAGGUAGUGCUGGCGCCCGGCCGCCCUGAGCAUCGUCCCCCCAAGAGGCGGUCAAUAAACCCUAUCAACCCUC